UCUGACGUGCACGACCCUGAAUUUAAAUGUUCGGCACCCGAUACUGAAGGUUGCUCUUGGCCAGCGGGAGCGGAGCGAAGUUUAACGAAGUGGAGCGGAAUGUCAGAAGCCGGGAGAAAACCAGCUUCCUCCUUCACAAAGAAGCCACGGAGCGCAGUGUUCAACCUGGGCAGUGAUGCCACAUUCACGGCGGAGACAGAGAAAGGGGUGGCAAAGGUGAGAUGGCAGCAGCAUGGUGCAGACAUGGCAGCGAGUGACCGAUGGACCAUCAUUUCAGAGGGCACCAAGCACACCCUAACCAUCCAUGCAGUGAGCAGCCUUGACAGCGGAGUCUACACAGUCAUUGCAGGAAGCUCAAAGGUCAAAUUUGAGCUGAAGGUCAAGGAGCCAGAGGACAGUGGAUGUGGCUCAGUACCUCCACGGGAAGCAGAACAUGAACCGACAAGAGAUGCACAGGCAGCCUCUGUCACCGGGAAUGUUUCAUCAACAACCAGCAGAGAUGCAGCAGCUGGAGAGCUGAGCGGAGAGAAGGAACCUCAUAGCACAGAUCAGGAAGUGUGUGACAGUGAGAAAGUUCCAGCUUCUUCUGGAACAGCCCUGAAGAGGGGCAGUGUCGAGGGGACAUCUUCCCAAGAUGGUGUUCCCUUGUUUCUGGAAAGACCCCAGUCUGGGACAGUGACUGUCGGGUUGGACAUUAUCUUCACCAGUCGUGUCCAGGGCACCAACAUUCUGAAGAAGCCUACGGUGCGAUGGUUCAAAGGCAAGUGGAUGGAUGUGUCCAGUAAAACCGGAGCUCAUCUCCAGCUGAAGGAGACAUACGAUCGUAACAGAAAGGUCUACACGUUUGAGAUGCAUAUCAUACAGGCAAAAAGCAACGACGCAGGAGGCUAUCGCUGUGAAGUGACUGACAAGGAUCGGUUUGACUGCUGCAACUUUGAAUUGACUGUUCAUGAUGCCCCAAUGCAGGAGGAGGUGAACAUUUUGUCUCAAUUCAGACGCACGAGCCUGGCAGCAGCGGGAUCCCGCAAGAGGACAUUGACCAGUGGCAGUAGCACCGAUGGGGGAGAAGAAGCUGGUGAACUGGACUUCAGUGGACUCCUCAAGAAGAGGGAUGUGAAAGUGGAGGAAGGGUCGAAGAUUGAUGUUUGGGAGAUUCUCCAGAAUGCCCCGCCCUCUCAGUAUGAGAAGAUAGCUUUCCAGUAUGGAAUCACAGACCUACGUGGGAUGCUGAAGCGUCUGAAACGAAUGAGGAAGGAUGAGAAGAAAGGCACAGCCUUCCUGACCAAGUUAGGUGGGGCCUACCAGGUGGACAAGGGCCAGAAGCUGAAGCUGAUGGUGGAAGUGGCCAAUCCAGAUGCACAGGUGAAGUGGCUGAAGAAUGGCCAAGAGCUGCAUCCCAGUGGCAGCAAGUUUAUCUUUGAGAACAUUGGGAACAAGCGGAUGCUGACGAUUAAUCACUGCUCACUGGCUGAUGAUGCAGCUUAUAAGUGUGUACUGGGAGACGAGAAGACUACCACAGAGCUCUUUGUUAGAGAGCCCCCGGUGCUAAUCACUCACCCCCUUGAGGAUCAGGUGGUAAUGGUGGGCCAGAGAGUGGAGUUUGAGCUCGAGGUGUCUGAGGAAGGGGCUCUUGUCAAGUGGGAACGGAAUGGCCAGGAGCUGAGACGGGAGGAGACUUUCAAAUACCGCUUCAAAAAAGAUGGCAAAAAACAUGUUCUGUUCAUCAAUGAGGCCACCAAAGAGGAUACUGGUCACUACACUGCCAAAACCAAUGGAGACCAGUCUGUGGCUGAGCUCCUGGUCCAAGAGAAACAGCUGGAGGUUUAUCAGGAUAUUGCAGAUCUGACAGUGAAGGCUGAGGAACAGGCUGUCUUCAAGUGUGAAGUGUCUGAUGAGAAAGUCAAAGGGACGUGGCUUAAGAAUGGUGUGGAAGUCAUUCCCAAUGAUAGAAUGCAAAUCACACACACUGGCAGAAUCCACAAACUAGUGAUUGAUAAUGUGAGACCUGAAGAUGAAGGCGAUUACACCUUUGUACCUGAAGGCUUUGCCUUCAACCUCUCAGCCAAGCUGAACUUUCUGGAGGUUAAGAUUGACUAUGUGCCCCAGCAAGAUCCCCCCAAAAUCCACCUGGACUGUUUUGGCAGAAUUCCUGAUGCCACAAUCGUUGUUGUGGCUGGGAACAAGCUCCGGCUGGAUGUGCCUAUCACUGGAGACCCAGUCCCUACUGUCAUCUGGACUAAGGCUGACCAGGUGAUCACAGAGCUGGAUGGACGUGUCCACAUUGAGAAACAUCCUGACCACUGCGUGUUCAUUGUGGAGAGAGCAGAGAGAUGUGAUCAAGGUGUCUACACUGUGGUAGUGAAUAACCCAGCAGGGGAAGAUCGAGCUGAUAUUACUGUCAAAGUGGUUGAUGUCCCAGAUCCCCCUGAUGCUCCACGAGUCCUCAGUGUUGGAGAGGACUGCUGUACGAUCCAGUGGGAGCCCCCAGCAUUUGAUGGAGGUCAACCUGUGCUGGGAUACGUGCUGGAAAGGAAGAAGAAGAACAGUUACCGGUGGAUGAGGCUGAACUUUGACCUGUGGAAGGAGCCGACAUACGAGGCGAAGCGAAUGAUUGAAGGAGUUGUCUAUGAGAUGAGAGUCUAUGCUGUCAACUCGAUAGGCAUGUCGCGGCACAGCCAGGCAUCCAGACCCUUCAUACCAAUUGCUCCCACUAGUGAGCCCACUAAUCUGACUGUGGAGAAUGUAAGUGACACAACCAUCGCUCUUAAGUGGAGAGCUCCAGAGAAGGUGGGAGCAACUGGAUUGGAUGGAUACCUGGUAGAGUAUUGUAAGGAGGGAUCAAAUGACUGGCUACCUGCUCAGCAAGGACUCACUGAUCGUAACUCCAUCCUUAUCCGUGACCUGCUCACAGGGGAGAGGAUGCAUUUCCGAGUGAGAGCCAUCAACAUGGCAGGGCCGAGUGCUGCAGCCUCACUGAGCCAGGCUGUCACCAUCCGGGAAAUAGUCCAGCAGCCCAGGAUCUGCCUGCCUCGGAACCUCCGACAGAAGGUGCUGAAAGUGGUGGGAGAGACGGUAAACCUCAUGAUCCCCUUCCAGGGCAAGCCCAGAACAGCGGUCAGCUGGCUGAAAGAUGGACAGCCUCUUAAUCUGCAGAACAUCACAGUCCGCAACGGUGACAGUGACACCAUUCUGUUUAUCCGCAGUGCGGAGCGGGGACAUUCGGGGAUCUACCAAUUGAAGGUAGAAGUUGAGAGUGCCCUGGACACAGCCAGUAUCCACAUCCAGGUCAUAGACAGGCCAGGACCCCCUGUCGCUGUGAAGAUCCGCGAGGUUUGGGGUUUGAAUGUGACUCUGUCCUGGCUACCCCCCAAGGAUGAUGGCAACUGUGAGAUCACUGGGUACACCAUCCAGAAGGCUGACAAGAAAACCAUGGAGUGGUUUGUAGUGUAUGAAUGCUGUCGACGGACUGAGUGCUCAGUGUCAGAGCUGGUCAUGGGAAAUGAAUAUUUCUUCAGGGUUUUCACAGAGAAUCUGUGUGGUCUGAGUAAGGAGGCUGCUCAGUCUAAGGACAGUGUCUACAUCCAGAAGCCAGGGAGACAGUACAAACCACCCAGCUACAAGGAGCCUGACUUCACUGAGCCCCCCAAGUUCACCCGGCCCUUGAUCGAUCGCUCGGUAAUUUGUGGGUACAACGCCACACUGAGCUGCGCUCUGCGAGGAACACCCAAGCCCAAGGUGGUGUGGUGUAAGAACCAGCUAGACCUAUCUGGUGAUCCGCGAUACAGGAUGUUCAGUAACCAAGGAGUACUGACCCUGGAGAUCCGCAAACCGAGCCCCUUUGAUGCUGGAAUCUACAGCUGCCUGGCUAGCAACCCCCUGGGAGAGGCCAGGAGUGAUUGCAAGCUGGAGGUCCGAGAUUUCAGGCUUGAUUCACUGGCUAAGGAUACAGAGGAAGACAAUCACCCCAACAUGAAGGCUGAAGUAUUGGAGAGGAUGGAGAUGGUGAACCUCAGUCAAGUGUUCAGUCUCCAGGUUUUCAAUCUCUGAUUGGAGUUUUGGCAUUCCUACCAGAUGUCCAAAGCCACCCAGCUCUGAAGUUUUCUCUCUCGUGUGUGUGUGUGGGCACAUUUUUAGUCAACCUGAGGCUCUGAUAUCACCCAGUUAUGUCAUGGUUUUAUUCUUGAGUAUAGUCCUUCUGUUGUAGUUACUCACAACCUUCUGAGUAUGAUUGCAUAGAGAUUGACCAUUAAAGGACAUAUCCCUAUUUUCCUCCCUAUUCCCAGGAUGAUGUGUGUCCAGUUGCACUGUGUGUGUAAUGAUUUGUAAAACUCUCCACAACAUUUCUGAAAUAAAGAGUUUUCUUAGCAACA